AUGUCUGUCGAACAGGUUACCGAACAAGUAUCUAAGUUAGAAACUUCUGUAAAGAAGGAACAAGUUGUGACACCUUGGGAUGUUGAAGGUGCUGUAGAUGAAUCUGGGGUUGCACAGGAAAUUGAUUACGAUAAAUUAAUUAAACAAUUUGGUACUAAGCCAGUUACUGAAGAAACAUUAAAUAGGUUUGAAAAAGUUACUGGCCACAAGCCACAUCAUUUCUUGCGUAAAGGUUAUUUCUUCUCGGAACGUGAUUUUAAUAAAAUUUUAGAUCUUUAUGAACAAGGAAAACCAUUUUUCUUAUAUACUGGUAGAGGUCCUUCAAGUGAUUCUAUGCAUAUGGGUCAUAUGGUUCCAUUUAUUUUUACCAAAUGGUUACAAGAUGUGUUCGAUGUCCCAUUAGUCGUUGAAUUAACAGACGAUGAAAAGUUCUUAUUCAAACACAAAUUAACAAUUGAUGAUGUUAAGAAAUUUGCUAAGGAAAAUGCAAAGGACAUUGCUGCCGUAGGUUUCAAUCCAGAAAACACAUUUAUAUUUUCAGAUUUACAAUAUAUGGGUAGUGGGUUUUAUGAAACUGUUGUUCGUGUUUCAAGACAAAUCACUGGUUCUACAGCAAAAGCGGUCUUUGGUUUUAAUGAUUCUGAUUGUAUUGGUAAAUUCCAUUUUGCAUCUAUCCAAAUUGCAUCAGCAUUUCCAAGUUCCUUCCCAGAUGUUCUAGGAUUACCACCAAAGACUCAAUGUUUAAUUCCAUGUGCUAUCGAUCAAGAUCCGUAUUUUAGAGUCUGUAGAGAUGUAGCAGAAAAGUUGAAAUUCACUAAGCCUGCCUUGUUACACUCUAAAUUUUUCCCAGCUUUACAAGGUUCAACUACAAAAAUGUCUGCAUCAGAUGAAAACUCUGCAAUUUUCUUAACUGAUACACCAAAACAAAUUCAAAAGAAAAUUAAUAAAUAUGCAUUCAGUGGUGGUCAAGUGUCUGUUGAGUUACAUAGACAGUUGGGAGGUAAUCCCGAUGUUGAUGUUGCAUACCAAUACAUGAAGUUCUUUAAGGAUGAUGAUACAUUUUUAGAUGAAUGUUACGAAAAGUACAAGAAAGGUGAGAUUUUGUCUGGUGAAAUGAAAAAGUUAUGUAUUGAAGUUUUGCAAGAAUUUGUUAAAGGAUUCCAAGAACGUCGAGCCAAGAUUACUGAUGAAGAUUUAGAAAAAUUCAUGAAACCACACAAGUUAGUUUGGGGUCAAAAGGAAAGAUUAGUUCCAGUUAAACCAAAAACAUCAGCAAAUCCAGGAAACAAAUAA